UAAAGCAAUAUUUUUUUGGUACAAUAACUGGUGAAAACGACGCCGUCUCUUCCAUCAGCCAUCCGCAUCACUCCCCCCUCCUUCGUUCUUUGACUUCGCAGUUCAAAGAGCUUCGCAGCAGCAACGUGGAGAUGCCUUCCCCUGUUGCUCAGACCACUUUCCCAUCACCUUUCCCCCCCAAAAUUACGAACACCCAUCAUCCCAACUUCACAAUUUUGCUCCCCAAAACCCUCUUUCCGGGUUUUGCUAAUUACCCCACCAAAGCUUUGAAGAAAUUUCUGUACGCGAGGAAGGGAUCAAGUGGGAAAUCCACUGUUUUUACAAAUACCCACGCCUCAUUGCUUGAGACUCCUGUGCUGUGGGUUGGUAGGCUCUGCAUCUUCUAUGCGCUCCUGAAAGCUGGUUUAGCUGGAUCUCCUGCGAGCCCACUUGUCUCAGAUUUGGAAACGGGUGCUGAUGAUUUGGGGUUCUCUAAGUGGCUUGAGAACUUACAGAGGAAACCAGAGAAUGAAGCUGCUGAUAGGAGAAAAUUAGUGAGCAAAUGGCACCCCACGACAAAAGGUACUCUUAAGAGGAAUUAUAGAGUACCUUCCAAGUCUGAAGGCCGGCGCCUCUUGAAAGCCAUUGCCUCCCUCCUGUCUGAUGAUGAUCACUUCACAGAUGCCACCUCUCACAAGGGUUGUCAAAUAAGGAGGGAGAGCGCUCACGGGGAAAGUGUGUGUUGUAACAAUGUGAGAGCUCUGUUUGAUGAGCUCCCAACUCCACAUCUGGUUGUAGAAAUCACAGCUUUUCCCGCAGGUCCCCUCACAGAGAAGGACUAUGCCAAGGCUGAGAAACUAGAGAGGGUGCUCAGAUCUGGUCCUUCCAUUUAAAAUGGGUCUAGUAUCACAUUGUUUGCCUUGUGUUUGUAUGGUAUACUUCUCUUGUACAUAUUACAAUCGAAUCUUGGGCUGGAACUGUGGGCACGUUGUGAUGGGACAAAUGCUUUGAUCAUCUUUAAUGUCAACCUACUUCACUUUGUACAUCUCAUUAACCGUAGCCUUAUUUGGAAAAGGAUGAAUCCUUUGAUUGACAUUA